AUGAUAACACUCAAACACAUAGAAGCAACAUUCGAAAGAUUUGGCUUUUUAAAAAAUUAAUCUCUGACAGGAAAUGAGAUUUAAUUGAAAAUGGAUCAAAUGAUUGGAACUAAGGAUAUGGAUCGGGAUGUACUUAAUUAGAUUUUAGCAUAAUGUCAUAAAUCAAUAAAUCAAAAUUAUGAACAAAGUUAUCGCAUGCAAGAUUUAGCAUAGACCAUACAUAGUGCUAUAAUAAUUCUUGGCAAUAAAUUGGAAAAGAUAAAGACUGAUAUUCAUACAUUCAGAGAAAAACAAAAAAAGCAUUAAACCCAAAUGUCUGCAACAUCCAACAGUUCAGAGUUCAAACAUAUCUAUCUUAUGAUUAAUAGUGCAAAUAAUAUCUCCAAAAAGAUUUCAUACACCGAUUGUCAUCUUUAAGUGGCUUUAGGUUCUUAGUCUCAGAGGUUGAAACCAAUAGAACACUUCGAUAAAGUCAACCCAGAGUUCAACAGAGAAAUUGAAUUCUCGAUUCCAAAUAACAUCUACAUUUUGACUAUUUAGUUGUACACCAAAUAGAACGAUUCUCCCCUCCCAACAUUAUUGGGAUAAGCAUAAAUUUCACUGAGUACUUUGGAAGAGUAACUGAAAUCCUUAAAACUAUAAUUGAAAGAUCCUUUAGGAAAAGAAGUUGGGUGUUUUAUAGAUAUGCAAGUUCAGCUCAUUCUUAAUAGAGUAAUAUUGAAAUUCUUAAACUAGUAUGAGUAUCUCCAAAACUAAGUUGGGUAAUCAGGUGAUAAAAUAGAUUAGCUAACAGAAUUGAACAAACAAGUAGCCUACUAAUAUGACUUACUGACUAGGCCGUUUCGACUUCGAUAGGAAGAAAAAAUAACAAUUGAAAAUGGUUAAACUUCAAACUAAUAAGAAAGCAGUUUUAUAUAAUUAAAGAAACCAGAAGAAGUGGCUGCAGAUCCUCUAUAAACUUCAAAAGUAGAAAUUAAUAAGACAGAUCAAAAUUCAUAACCAGAAGAUGAGUACCCAUAGGCACCUUAUGAUUUAGAUUUAGGAAUGACCAUCUUUUCAUUUUAUGGCUUGAUAACUCUCUUUGUAUGUUCAGCUAAGCCAUCAUUUUUAGAUGUGUUGGUGUGUCAUGGAUUGAUGUUUACUGUUUUUCUGGAUAGAUUUGAACCUGAACAUGUAAAACUUGUAGGCCUAGGAUUAAUGGCAUCUAUUAUCUAUGAUAUAUUAUGGUUAUCAUAAUAUCAUUCAUGGUGGGAUAGUAAUGAUUAGAACAACCCUGAAUGGGGAGAGGAGGCUGCAAUGUUCUUAAAAAUAAUACUUGUUUUGACAUACAUCUAAUUCUUUUAUAAAUUUCUUGUAUUUUAUUAUUUAUAUUAAUUCUACAAAGAAUCCCUCGAUCCAGUCAAAUCAUAUAUUUUUAAAAUCUGGAACAUUGAAUAUAAAGUAGGAAAGAAUAGACAAUAUGUUUUUUGGUAAUGA